AUGAACCCCUGGCUCCAUCUCACCAGCCUCCUCAGCCUGACUGCUGUGGUCUCUGCAGCCCCUCGUACCAAAACUUGCUACACAAGCCCUCCCACUACAAUCACCAAGAUUGUCACUCAGACAUGUCCUGCUCCCAAGACUGUCUAUCUUGACACCGCUGGAAACACGGUGCCUUCGCCCGCUCCCACCAACCCUGCGAGCUAUGUGACCACUCUUCCAGCUGUCACCAAGGUCACUGAGUUUGUCUAUCCUUCCUCUUUGACUGUCACUGGCGGCGAGACUGUCACGAUUAGCGGCGUCCCAACCGUGAUCACAGCUCCCACUGUUCUUACAAACUGCCCCUGUGCCACCCGCACCACGGUCAUCGCACCUGGACCUGUCAUCACUCUUCCUGCUGCUUUCGCUCCAGGUGCCUCUUCGGGCAACACUGGUGGAGCUGCCGGCGGAAACGUCGGUGGAGCCGUUGGCGGAGGCAAUGCUGGAGGUAAUGCUGGCGGAAACGCUGGCGGAGCUGCGACUACCACUGUGAUCAACACCCAAAUCGUCUAUCCCACCGGGUUCAUUGGAAUCGGCGGCGAGACUCUGACCAUUGGUGGCACUAUCACUGUCGUUCCUGGACCUACCUACAUCUCACAAUGCCCUUGUACUCAAGCAACAGUUGUCACUGUGACUGGACCUACCGUGACCAACACCGUUACCCAACUGAUCCCCAUCCCCACCGUCAUCGGUGGAGCGACCGUCACAAGCACUGCCACUGUCAUUUCUGGAGUUACUGUCACGGCAACAGCCACCCCUACAUCAGGCGCUGGCGUCCCUGCUGCCGGUGUCUUUGGAACCACAGUCGAUGGUGUGACUUUCCUUAUCGAGGAAGAGAUCAACUAUGACGGCACACCUCUUGCUCUGCCUGCCCGUAAGAACAAGCGUCAGUCGACUUCCAUCAAUCUCCAAGUCUGUCUCGAAACUUGCGCCGACAACGAGGCUUGUGCCGGUACCUCGCUCAACACUGAUACCUCAACUUGUCUCUACUUCAGCGCCAUCUUUGCUUCCACCAGACGUCGCGAUGUCACUAUCAUCUUUGCCACUGUCAUCAGCCGCGUUACUCCGACUGGUACCUCGAGCCUGAGCAGCUCGAGCUCGACUUCCGCAAUCACAACUACCUCUGCCACCUCUACCUCGGGUACUUCGACUUCAGGCACCUCUACAUCUGGCACUUCGACUACCGAGAAUGGAGGCACUUCUACCUCUGGUACUUCCACUUCCGCAACCUCAACUUCUGGCACAUCGACCUCUGGCACUGCCACCACAAGCCAGACUGCUGAUCCCUCUUCCGAUCCUGACGUUCCUACUGAGGAGGAACUCGUUGUUCGUGCUGCCGCUCCCAAGCCUGCUGGUUUGACUCUUCGUGAGGCCAACCGCAACAAGGCUGGUCCGGUCGUCCGUCGCGGUGGUGUUCUUCGUCGCUCCAACGCUGAGCCCGCUGCUAAGCAUGCGCCUCGCAAGGUCGUCAUCGAGCUGUAA